AUGGGAGGCAUACAGUUCUCUGAGGUUCAGUGGAUUUCUGGAACAUACUUGUUCUACCUGGAGCUGGACGUGUUUACGAAAAAUGCCUACAUGUUCGUCUUUACGAAGAAGUCGGGAGGACUGUUCAAGUCAGCCGGGUACCAGGAAGCGGGUGAUUCUGCUGUAGCUGUUCGUCAUCAGGACAAGGGAGAGGAGGUUGGUGUGAUACCAGAGCAGCCGAACUAUUACUAUACCACACCUGCUCAUUACUUCGGUGAAGUCACAAUCUUUGAAUCGGAGAUCACUAUUUGUGAUGACUUUGAUGUAUUUGAUAUCUUCAGAAUGUCAAUGUUCUUCUUCAUUAUACCUCCUCCAAGGAAUGGAUCUCACCACCCUGUCAAAACUCGUCGCCCAGCUUCAGCAGACUGUCACCACACUCCAAGCCAGCAAUGUACAGGCUGCUGCGGACGUAACCUCACUGAAAACACAAGUGGCAUCCCUUGUAUUUCAGCAUCAAAGACCGUGUCAUUCCAUGUGUGGAGGCCAUCAGCUGACGCUCGCACCAGCAGUGCUGGGUACGCUCCCCUGACGUUCAACCGUAUGGACAUCAACGCUGGAUCUGGCUAUAACAUGACUGCUGGGACCUUCACUGCACCAGUUUCUGGAACAUACUUGUUCUACCUGGAGGUGGAAGUGUUUACGAAAAAUGCCUACAUGUUCGUCUUUACGAAGAAGUCGGGAGGAGUGUUCAAGUCAGUCGGGGUACAGGAAGCUGGUGUUGCUGCUGUAGCUGUUCGUCAUCUGGACAAGUGGGAGGAGGUUGGUGUGAUACCAGAACAAUCAAGCUAUUACUAUGCAACACCUGCUCAGAUCUUUGGUGGGGUCUUGUUGAAACCGGACUGAUUACUAACUUAUUAACACUGUACAUCAAGCUCGUUAAUUGUAUGUACUCAAAUAUCCUCCAUGUAUAUAUUGUCCUUGUCCAUGUUGUGUAUCACUUGCUUGAUAACGAUGUUUGCAUCUACACCGAAACGUCCCAACCAUUGUAAUAAAGAUGUUGUCUAGCCAUAAAA